UCCAGCUUAUUACGCUCCGACGGCCUUCGGUUCAAUUUACUUUGUGAUAUGUUCCGAAACACUUUUCAAAGUGGAUUUCUAUCUAUACUUUUUAGUAUAGGCAGCAAGCCUUUACAAAUAUGGAACAAGGAGGUUAAAAAUGGGCAUAUAAAAAGAAUAACAGAUAACGACAUACAAUCUUUAGUUCUAGAGGUUAUGGGUACAAAUGUUAGUACAACAUUUAUUACAUGUCCUCAUGAUCCCAAAAUUACUUUGGGUAUUAAAUUGCCAUUCCUAGUAAUGAUAAUUAAAAAUUUACGAAAAUAUUUUACAUUUGAAGUUCAGAUUCUUGACGAUAAAAAUGUUAAAAGAAGAUUUCGUGCGAGUAAUUAUCAGAGCACAACUCGAGUGAAGCCAUUCAUUUGCACAAUGCCAAUGAGGCUCGAUGAGGGAUGGAAUCAAAUCCAGUUUAAUUUAUCUGAUUUUACAAGAAGAGCGUACGGAACAAAUUAUAUUGAGACACUUAGGGUUCAAGUAAGCUGUGAUAAUUUGAUUCGCUUGCCUAGUGACGAUGUUUAUCAAUUGUUGUUUCUGAUUUAG